AACACAAAUGGGCGGUGGUAUAGAGUUGAGAAGAGAAUGGGUAACUGAACCAAACCAGCUUCUCUGAGACUGAUCGGUGAGGUAACUAAUCAAUGCCUAAACACAGUUAUGAACCCUCAAGUUUCAUUUCGGUAUUAAUGUAUGCCGCUUAAGACGAUAUGGUAGUGUCGAUUGCCUUACAUGGUGCUUUUAGCAGUUUGUAGCCUGCAAAGAGAGAGGCAAAGUGAGAUGGCGCCUGGCAGUUUAAAGAGCAUUUUGACUGCGGCGGUUAAUACUGGGGUGACUGAGGCUAGGGCAAGGAUAUUCGGGCAUGUGCUUAACCCGACAGGCCUGAAGUCUGCGCAUAAGAUUUUGCGCAAGAAGCUGAUUGGGGAGAAAGUUGCCCAGUGGUACCCACACGACAUCAGGAAAGAUGACCCCCUUAUCAUGAAAGCUGAGGAAAAAGAGCGCACAAACAAGCUUGAAAUGUUAAAGCGUCGAGGAAAAGGACCACCCAAGAAGGGUCAAGGAAAACGUUCCAAGCGCAAGAGCUAGUAUUUUGACAUGUUGAAGUUAGUUCUUGAGUAGUGUUUUGAAUAAAGAGACCAGUAGUAUUUGAAACUUUGUUCAGUUUAUUUGAAGAUAAACUCAAUUUUUGCUGUCCCAUUUUUGUAAACAGUGGUCCUAGUUGUUGUAUGUGGGAGGAUAUAUUG